GAAUCAGUCUUCUCGCGCAUGCUACAUCGAAUGGGGCAAGUGCUACCUGAGGCAGCUACGGUCUUCAUAAACUCCUUUGAAGAACUCGACCCUGUUAUGACAAAUGAUUUCAAAUCCAAGUUCAAGCAAUACCUAAAUGUUGGACCUUCCAUUUUUGCAACACCACCACCAUCUGUUCCAGAUUCACAUGGUUGCCUGACAUGGCUUGACAAGCAAAAACCUGCAACCGUGGCGUAUAUCAGCUUCGGCUCGGUCGCAACCCCACCUCCAAAUGAACUUGUAGCACUGGCAGAAGCAUUAGAAGCUAGCAGGGUUCCUUUCAUAUGGUCUUUAACAGACAAAUCGAAGGUUAAUUUGCCUAAUGGGUUCUUAGACAGGGCCGAUGGUAUAUUGGUGCCAUGGGCUCCCCAAAUUGAUGUGCUAGCUCAUGGUGCUGUUGGGGUGUUCAUAAGCCAUGGUGGUUAUAACUCCUUGCACGAGAGCAUAGCAGGUGGGGUGCCUAUGAUUGUCAGGCCCUUUUUUGGGGAUCAUAGGCUGAAUGGAAGAAUGGUAGAAGAUGUUUGGGAGAUUGGUGUGAUUGUUAAGAGUGGAAUUUUCACAAAGAAUGGACUAAUGAGUAGUUUGGAUCUAGUUUUGGCACAAGAAAAGGGGAAGAAAAUGAGGGAAACUUUGAGGGAAAUUAAAGAAGUUGCACAAAGAGCAGUUGGACCAAAAGGGAGCUCCACCCAAAAUUUCAAGGCACUAUUGGAUUUAGUAUCUGGACAAAAUCAUGCCUAAAAUAUAUGCUUGGAAUUGUAAGGUUUAUUAGUGCCUUGCUUUGUGGUAAAUUUUGCAGUAAAGUCAUCAUUGUAAGGUCAAUUAAUAAAGAUCAUCAGAUCUAUAAAAUUAAAUUACAGUCUUUGAUUUAAAAUUUAUAAAGAAACUGAUAAACCAAUUCAACUCCUAAACAAAAAAUUCUCUUUUUGAUA